ACUAAAAGUGCGUCGACCCAUUGCUCCCGUACAGGCGAAGGAAGUUGUGGGCCAAACACUUAUUUUGUGCCGAUUGAAGUAAAAAUAAAACAUUUUUUUAUAAAAAGUAGUUAAUUAAGUGUCUAAGGGAUUCUAAUAUAUUCUAUAGUGUGUUCCUUAAAGUAUAAUUUUUAGGGGAAGAAAAAUUCUCUAUGCACAUAAAAUUAGCGUUCUCUGCUAACACUAAUCUCAAAGGGAAAUAAGCAAUAAAACAAAAAAAAAUAAACGAGUCGUGAUAGCUGUGAAGAGCUCAAGAGCGAGUGAAAUGGGGGCAGAUCAAUUAUCGAAUAGAGUUUUGCUUCUUUGACAAGUGUUUGGCAAGGCAAAAGUGGAAAAUUCAAUACCGUCUUAAAACGAAAACAAAAGCGAAACGCAGUAAUACAUAGAAAUAUACAAUAAAUAGGAAUAACAGCAUAAAGAAGAAAAGGUGUAAGUGGAGUUAAUGGCGACUGCAAACUCCAAGUGGGAAAGGAAAAAGGCGAUGUCGAUUACCGAAAAUGGCGUUCUACUCGGGUUGGUCUGUAACCUUUCCCUUUUGAUCGGUUGCAAGGACUGGGCAUAGAAAACGGCAGUGACUUAAAAAGUUGUAUAUAUAUAUAGUAAAGACUUUUGUAAUGUGUAAUAUUUAAUAUUAAUUCAAAAUGGAUAUAAAUUGUGUAGUGUAAAAUCAGUAAAACAUUGUGAGCUCUAACAAAGGACAAUUAAAACAAAGGAAUUCAUAAUAUCUGAAUGCACUAUUUUAAAAUAAUACUUAAAAGGAUUGUACCUAGCAAUAUUCUUAACAACAUAUAAGGAAAAAUGCCCAGUGCUUCCUUCACUUCGUCGCGCUCGUAUGUGCGGCGUUCUAGACGUAAAGGUGCCAACCGCAUUGCUUUACCCAAUCGUCCAUCCGGUAACAUAAUGGAUCCUAUGAUACAAAAUAUACCCGGUUCAAGUGCUUCUUCAAACGCUAGUGCAGGUGCCAACUCCAAUGCUAUUGCACCGCCACUUCAAAAUAAUACCAAUCCUCCAAACUCGAGUGUCAUCUCUACAACUAUGAAUGUGUCAUCAAUUCCAUCUGGUUCACUUUCCACACCACAAUUAUCGUCGUGUUCUUCAGGUGACACAUCAUCGCAAUCGGCUGCUAUUGUUAGCGCAUCUUCAGCAGCUAUGACAGCCUCAGCAGCUGCAGGUGCAGUUUCAUCAGAAAUGUUUGCUAAUGUUUCUGGUGCUUCCUGCUCGCAGUCAUCAACUACUUCUGGACCUUCAACGUCCAGGUCUGUUGCUGGUUCCUGCAACCUUGGAGUAGCAGGCGGACAAAAAAUGCUUGGUGCCACAUGUUCCAGUAACUUAAUAAGUUCGUCAGUUUUUAACACAGGAGGCGGUUUUGUAGGAGCACAUUUGAUGGAUACAGAAACAAGUAGCAAUUGUGCAGAACAAAUUUAUGUAGGUUCCUUUAGUAGUUCAGUGAAUAUUACUGCCGACACUUCCAGUAGUAAAAAUAAUACUGGCUCAAGCAAUUCAAUGUAUUCAAGUUCCGUGCCAUGCAACUCAUCAACUAUGUCAAACGUAUCUGCAUCCACAUCCACAUCUGUGGCCAGUUGCUCACAUCAAUCACCUUAUGAUCUUCGUCGCAAGAUGCCCGCUAAUGGUCACGAACAAUGGUUCCCGUCCGCUUCCAAUACUCUUGCCAACAACAGUACGUCUAGUGCAUCUGCUAACACUAGCAAUAGUAGCCCACAAUCUGUUUCCUGCGGUCCGACACACAUGGGUGGAAGCUGCAACAUCUCAUCUAUAUCUGCCAUGCCAUCAUCGUCAUCUUCAACUUCAUCUUCAGCCAUUGUUCACGCGCCAUCAACUAGUGCCACUUUUCCUGUGAAUUCAACCGCUACCGGUGCUCCACUAGGAUCAUCACCUACAGUACACAGUUCCAUACCACAGCAACAUUGCAGUGCUUUGCCGAUUGGUGGCAUUGAGGAUAAUAAUCUUAUGUCGCCAGCUCGCAAACGGUCACGCCGUUCAUAUGCACAAACGGCUGAUAUGCCUUGCAUGGCAGCUUGUACGGGAAGCACCACACCGCCCGGUCCAACAGCAGCGCAAUAUUUGCAAUAUGAACUGCCGGACGAAGUUCUACUUGCCAUAUAUUCGUAUCUUUUAGAGCAGGAUUUGUGCCGUUUGGCAAUUGUUUGCAAACGCUUCAACACUAUUGCAAAUGAUAAUGAAUUAUGGAAACGGUUGUAUCAGUCAGUGUUCGAAUACGAUCUGCCACUCUUCAGUACCGAACAAAGUAAGUUUGUCUUUGAAAAGCCUGAAGAAUCCGAGUAUUCCAAUCCAUGGAAAGAGAGUUUCAGACAACUCUAUAGUGGAGUGCAUGUUCGUGCUGGUUUUCAGGACAAAAAAUAUCCCGGACGUAAUAUAUUAUUCUUUAACACCAUACAAGCUGCACUCGAUUACCCAGAACAAGCGGCCGCAGCCGCUAUUGGCGGGUAUACAAAUGUUCCCGCAUCUGAUCCUACCACGACCAAUGAUCUGAUCUCUAUCUACCAAGACAGUAUUACACCUGAAGACCAUCCGGGCCCACUGAUUUUCGUACAUGCUGGCCAUUAUAAGGGCGAAUACUUGUAUAUUGAAUCAGAUGUGACAUUAAUUGGGGCGGCCUCUGGAAACGUGGCAGAGUCUGUGGUGUUAGAACGUGAAGCGGGUUCAACAAUGAUGUUUGUAGAAGGAGCUAAAUAUGCUUACGUUGGCUAUUUGACGCUAAAAUUCUCACCUGACGUAACAUCGACAGUCUCCCAUCAUAAACAUUACUGUCUAGAUAUUGGAGAAAACUGCUCACCAACUGUAGACAACUGCAUUAUACGCAGUUCAUCGGUUGUUGGCGCCGCAGUGUGUGUAAGUGGUGUUAACGCUAAUCCAAUCAUACGUAAUUGCGACAUAAGCGACUGCGAGAAUGUCGGUCUUUAUGUCACCGACUACGCUCAAGGAACUUAUGAGCACAAUGAAAUCAGCCGCAAUGCUUUGGCCGGUAUUUGGGUAAAGAACUUCGCCAGUCCUAUUAUGCGCGAAAAUCACAUUCACCAUGGGCGCGAUGUAGGCAUAUUUACGUUUGAGAAUGGCAUGGGUUACUUUGAGAAAAAUGAUAUACAUAAUAACCGAAUCGCUGGGUUCGAAGUGAAAGCUGGUGCCAAUCCUACCGUUGUCAAAUGUGAGAUCCAUCAUGGCCAGACAGGUGGAAUUUAUGUGCAUGAGAAUGGCUUGGGUCAGUUCAUUGAAAAUCGCAUACACUCGAAUAAUUUUGCAGGCGUUUGGAUAACUUCGAAUAGUAAUCCCACUAUACGAAAGAAUGAGAUUUACAAUGGACAUCAAGGGGGUGUUUACAUCUUUGGCGAGGGGCGUGGGCUUAUAGAACAUAAUAAUAUUUAUGGCAAUGCAUUGGCUGGCAUACAAAUACGAACAAACAGUGAUCCGAUAGUGCGACACAAUAAAAUACAUCAUGGCCAACAUGGAGGCAUUUACGUGCACGAAAAGGGUCAAGGUUUAAUCGAAGAAAAUGAAGUAUACUCGAACACAUUAGCUGGUGUUUGGAUAACUACAGGCAGCACCCCAGUUUUGCGACGUAAUCGCAUACAUUCCGGCAAACAGGUCGGCGUAUAUUUUUAUGACAAUGGGCAUGGCAAGCUUGAGGAUAAUGACAUUUUCAAUCAUCUUUACUCUGGCGUACAAAUACGAACUGGCAGCAAUCCCGUUAUACGUGGCAAUAAAAUUUGGGGCGGACAAAAUGGUGGCGUAUUAGUAUAUAAUGGUGGUCUCGGCUUAUUAGAACAAAACGAAAUAUUUGACAAUGCCAUGGCUGGAGUUUGGAUAAAAACUGAUUCAAAUCCGACGUUAAAACGCAAUAAGAUUUAUGACGGACGAGAUGGUGGCAUUUGUAUAUUUAAUGGUGGCAAAGGUAUUCUUGAAGAGAACGAUAUCUUCCGCAACACGCAGGCUGGCGUUCUCAUCUCUACGCAAUCCCACCCGAUUUUGCGACGUAAUCGUAUUUAUGAUGGCCAAGCAGCUGGAGUUGAAAUUACAAACAAUGCAUCUGCUACCUUAGAGCAUAAUCAGAUUUUCAAAAAUAAAUUCGGUGGUUUGUGUCUAGCUAGUGGCGUACAUCCCGUGGUACGUGGUAACAAUAUAUUCAACAACGAAGACGAGGUUGAGAAAGCAGUCUCAGGCGGUCAGUGCCUGUACAAAAUUAGCAGCUAUACAUCAUUUCCCAUGCAUGACUUUUAUCGUUGCCAAACUUGCAAUACGACUGACCGUAACGCGAUUUGUGUGAAUUGUAUUAAACAUUGUCAUGCUGGACACGAUGUAGAAUUCAUUCGACAUGAUCGCUUCUUUUGUGAUUGUGGUGCUGGUACGCUAACAAAUCAGUGCCAAUUACAAGGCGAGCCGACUCAAGAUACGGAUACACUGUAUGAUUCGGCAGCACCUAUGGAAUCUCAUACACUUAUGGUGAAUUAAUUUUGCUAGUUUAUAAGUAUUUCAUUAAGGCCUACAUUCGAAUAUAAAUUUUCUGAACGGGAGAGACAGUCAGAUGAUUUGAGUUAACAUAUAAUGUUGCAUCAUAUAUGUUAUGAUAUUUUUAUGUUAUUUUGUGAGGAUUCUCUCUGCACAUCCUGAUAUUUCCUGUUAUGAAUCUAAUAUUUUUUUUUAAGUUUAUUCGGCUUUAUCCUUAUUUUCGUGUGAAAAAAUCAUUGCUAUAAUUUGCAAUAAAAUAGAAAAAAAUGUUUUGUAAUUUAUCAUUUUAUUUUUGUUUAGCAUUGUAGUUUAUGGGAAUGUUUCGUUCAUAUGGAAUUCACGUUAAGGCUGAAUAAACCACAGCAAAACAUUAUGAGAGUGGAGUGUGAGAUACAUAGUUUUGUUAGUAGAAUACGAUAACAUAUUCAACACAAUUCUCUCAAAUGGCGAUUUUAGUGGUUACCACUUGGCAUAAACCCAAUUAUACUUACUUGCUUACGUUUUGCUUUAAUAAAAAGCAGAGCAUGAAAUUUGUAGAUUCUUCAAAAUCAAGCAUUUAAAAGUAUGUGCUGUUUAUUUUGACGUAGGCUUCUGUUAAGAAAUCGAUUAUUACUAUUCUUUUUUAUACAAACAUCAUUUUAAAUUAAUUAUGCGAUAAAAAACCUAUUUUUAAACUAAUAAUUUUAUAUUCCCGAGCUACUCCGGUAAUAUCAGGAUGAACUGGGAUAUUUCAUCGAUUUUUUUAUUUUAAAUACUUCUAAUUUUUGUUAAUUGUAAUUAAAAAAAAAAUUAUUAAACAUUUACCUGACGUUUCGUUUGAUUAGAUUUUAA